AUGAAGAAGAAUAUUUGGGGGAUGCCAGGCCAACCGAUGUUUAACUCACACGGUUGGACCAAGCAGAAGAAGCCGAGGGAGAAACUUCCGCCUUCAACAAUGAAAGACUCGAGAGAAGCACAACCCGACCGCUUUAUGACAGCCCUGGCAAGCUCAGAGCAAACGGAUUAUCGUGAAGGAACAAGAGUUGUCGUUGUCGGGGUCAAGAGCCUACUCUUUGAAGAAAAGCACUCUGCGACGCGGAAAAUGACAGAGUUCCAGGAUAAGCUCGGAAUCGGCAAAGGAGUGCUUCUUGCCACAGGGUUCGAGGAAGUCUACCAGGAAACCAACGACAACUGGCUACGAGAGAAAGAGGUGGAAAGAAAGAAGAUGCAACUGAUGUUGAUGGGAACUGGAGAUUUGGUGAACGCGGGGUGGCAUGUUAUGUCUUUCUACCCGGAAACGCGGGAGAAGGUACAUCAAAUUAUCGAGUUUCUCCUAAGCGACAAGGACUACAUGUAUGACCCUAUCUUCCGAUUCCCUCCCGGCUACAAGUUUCUAAGUGGUGAAGACGACGUCACGUUUACAAACUUUAAAAAAUAG